AUGGAAGCAGAAGAAGAACAGGAAAAAGAAAGUCUUCACACUGAGAACCAAAAGCAGAAAACCUCAGUAAAGGGUGUCCGGGAUUUGCUAUGGACACCCAUGAAUUGGUUCAAAAUGCUCAGCAGUGAGUUGCAUUGGAGCUUUGUGGUGGGUGUGGUCAUUGUUUACGGAAUCAGUCAGGGUCUGAGUAUGGGACUGAGUAGAAUCGGUAUACAGUAUUACUUGAAAGAUGAUCAGAAAGUGCAGCCCUCUGAAGCACAAGUCUACUUUGGGAUUAUUCAAAUUCCAUGGAUGGUUAAGCCUUUUUGGGGUCUUCUCACUGAUACUCUUCCUAUUCUUGGGUACCGCCGAAAGCCGUACUUUGUUUUUGCCGGUGUAAUUGGGGUGAUCUCCAUGCUUGUGCUAUCACUAGACAAGAAAUUAGAUCUCACAAUUUCCCUGUUGUCUCUGAUGGUGGGGAGUGCUGGAGUAGCAAUAGCUGAUGUAACAAUUGAUGCCUGUGUUACACAAAACAGUAUAAGUCAUCCAUCCCUUGCUGGUGACAUGCAGAGCUUGUGUGGACUGGCCUCUUCAAUUGGGGCAUUGGUGGGAUUUUCACUUAGUGGGUUUCUUGUUCACCUACUGGGCCCUAAGGGUGUCUUUGGAUUGCUCAGCAUCCCUCCAGGGCUGGUCAUUUUGGUUGGGGUAAUGCAUAGAGAACCUCAUGUUCGCACCUUCACUUAUACACAGGUCAGUGUAAAGUUUCUGGAUGCUUGCAAGACUAUGUGGACAACUCUAAAAUGUGGUAAUGUCUGGAGGCCCUGUUUAUACAUGUACUUGUCACUUGCUUUGGCCUUGAAUGUUCGUGAAGGAAUGUUUUACUGGUACACCGAUGCAAAGGGGGGUCCAUCUUUCUCACAGGAGGUUGUUGGGUCUAUAUUCUCUAUUGGUGCUAUUGGCUCUCUUUUGGGGGUCCUUCUUUACCAGAACUUCUUCAAAAGUUACCCCUUCAGGGAUGUGCUUUUCUGGACGCAAUUGCUCUACGGUGUAUCAGGAUUGCUAGACUUGAUAUUGGUGUUGCGCUUAAAUUUGAAAUUUGGUUUACCAGAUUAUUUUUUUGUUGUCAUUGACGAAGGCAUUACUCAGUUGAUUGGGCGUAUUAAAUGGAUGCCUCUUCUUGUACUUAGUUCCAAACUCUGUCCUGCUGGUAUAGAAGGCACUUUCUUUGCUUUGCUUAUGUCUAUUGAUCAUGUUGGAAUGCUGUCAUCUACUUGGGCUGGAGGCCUCUUACUCCACGUCUUGAAGAUUACACGGACAGAGUUUGAAAAUCUUUGGACGGCAAUUUUGAUCCGGAGUUUGUUGAGAAUUGUUCCGAUUGCAUUACUUUUCUUAAUACCCAGAACUGAUCCCAACUUGUGCAUUCUUCCACCUGAGAUGUUGAGGACCAAAAAAGGUCAUGAUACACAUGAGUAUGAGACUCUUGAAAUGGCCUCCUUUGUGAACGUCACCUGA